AUGGACAUCGAGGAGCUGAAGACCAACCUGCAGGAGUACAAGGACGAAUGGCGGUCCGCCGGUCACCCGGGCGACGGCGGGGACAUCAACGUGCGCGUUCCGAUGUACAUCGCGCCCAGCGAAUCGGAGGCUAUUGAGGAACCCAAGGACAGCAUCGAAGCGUUCUUCAGCCGUCAGCGGGAGCUUUUCGAGUACUCUCUGGGACGGCAGGGGGUUGAAGUCAGCGAAAAACGGCAGGCGCGUUACGAGAAGCUGGCCAACUCGACCUACGAGGACCUGUUGGAGACCAGGGUAAUUUUCGGCAGUCCCGAGCAGGUCAUCGACCGGUUGCACGAGUUCCAGGACAUGUUGGGCAUCACCGGCAUUACCGCCGAGCUGAACCCGGGCGGUUUCCUUCCCAAGCAGGCGGUGCAACGCAGCCUGGCGCUGCUGACCCAGGAGGUCAUGCCGGAGUUCAAAUAA